CUUUCAGUUCCGCGAUAUUCAAGCCUUUUCUAGGACCACUGGUUCGUCAAUGAAGAGGAAACGGCCUUCUACGACUGCAUGUCAUUCGAGACGAGGAAAGGAAGGGAAAGUCAUGGUGUCGCAAUGAGCGAUCCUGUCCAAGGCAAGUUCCGCUUACUGGAGACGUGGGAUGGUGGUGUGCAUUGGGCUAUCGUUUCGAACAAUACAAUGCCCCCAGCACUGGAGGGCGAGUUUGGUUUCGCGGCCAGUGGGACGUGUAUUGAGGCUGCGGCGGGUCGAUGGUAUUUGGCGACGGGAGGGGUUGACCCGGGACGUAUCUUUUACACUACCUCCCCCAGCGUCAGUCACGGCUGGCAAGUCGCAAACUCAUCCAUCGCUGGUGGCGCAGCAGCUGGAGUGUUCUCUGUACGUUUUCGCGACACACGACACGGUAUCGCAGUCGGAGGCGACUACGAACAGCCUACAGCCAGCAACAAUACGGCCGCCUGGUCAAGCGAUGGCGGAGCGAAUUGGCACAAAGCUGACUCAUUCCCGCGCGGUUAUAGGUCAGGCGUCAGUUGGAUACCUGGUAGGAGACAGGUAGCAGUAGCGGUCGGCACCAGCGGCUCCGACUUUACUAUCGAUGGAGGAAGGAAUUGGGCGGGCAUCGCUAACGGGACAUUCGAUGCUGUAGAGUGCGUUAGGAAGGACAUUUGCUGGGCCAGCGGGUCCGGCGGACGCGUCGCAAGGUUGCAUCUACGGGGGUUUUAAGCAACUCCCGAAGGAGAAGGGCAUGCUGAGCUGGAUAGGCUGAUGUUGCUGUCCGCCAACUUGAUCUCACCGUUGCCUGCUGUGGCGCCGAUGGGCUGCAUGCGGGGACGGACCCUCGCGGACUCUUUGUGUAUAUCGCGGCAUGUGCGAGCAUUGGCCGAUUCUCGGAGACCAGCUUCGAAUCAGGAUACAUGGAGUAUAUUACAAACGGGGCGUAGAUAGCAUAUUGUGCCACCAAGGC